UCUCCUCUCGUCCUCCACCAUGGCUACCUCUGGUCUCGGAACAGAAAUUGUCAACGUUGUAAACAAGCUCCAAGACGUCUUCUCCGCGGUCGGCUCGUCCGCGUCCCAAAUAGACCUUCCGCAGAUAUGUGUGCUCGGCAGUCAAAGUAGUGGCAAGAGUAGUGUGCUCGAGAACAUCGUCGGACGUGAUUUUCUGCCCCGAGGAACGGGUAUCGUAACCCGGAGACCUCUGGUUCUGCAACUCAUCAACCGCAAACCAACUGGGUCCCCAAACGGCAAGGCCAACGGCACUGAGGACCUGAAGUCCGGAGGCGACACCGCUGCCAACCCCGACGAAUGGGGCGAGUUCUUGCAUCUCCCUGGACAGAAGUUCUACGACUUCAACAAAAUCCGAGACGAGAUCGUGCGCGACACGGAGGCGAAGACCGGCAAGAAUGCGGGUAUCUCGCCGCUCCCCAUUAAUCUGCGCAUCUACUCUCCCAAUGUCCUCACAUUGACCUUGGUCGAUCUUCCUGGUCUAACCAAGGUGCCUGUGGGCGACCAGCCGCGCGAUAUCGAGAAGCAAAUCAAGGAUAUGCUACUGAAGUACAUCUCGAGGCCAGCGUGUAUCGUUCUUGCCGUCACUGCGGCCAACACAGAUUUGGCGAACUCGGAUGGCUUGAAGCUAGCGCGGGAGGUCGACCCUGAGGGUCAGCGAACUAUUGGUGUUCUCACAAAGGUUGACUUGAUGGACCAGGGUACCGACGUUGUCGAUAUCCUCGCGGGCCGUGUCAUUCCUCUUCGUUUGGGCUAUGUUCCUGUGGUUAACCGUGGGCAACGUGAUAUCGAGCAAGGCAAGGCCAUCAGUGCUGCUCUGGAGCACGAGCGUAAGUACUUUGAAACCCAUCCUUCGUACGCCAACAAGGCGCAGUACUGUGGAACGCCGUUCUUGGCGCGCAAGCUCAAUGUCAUCCUCAUGGCGCACAUCCGGAAUACGUUGCCCGACAUCAAAGCUCGUAUUACGCAACAGCAGCAGAAGUUCAACGCAGAACUCCAAACUCUCGGUGGCGCCUUGGGAGAGGGCAACUCCGCGAACAUCGUGCUUUCUGUGAUCACGGAGUUUUGCUCCGAUUUCCGCACAACCAUCGACGGUAACACCAACGACUUGUCAUUAAACGAGCUCUCUGGUGGUGCGCGUAUCAGUUUCGUGUUCCACGAGCUGUUCAACAAUGGCAUCAAGACAAUCGACCCGUUCGACCAGGUGAAGGACGGCGACAUCCGGACCAUCCUGUAUAAUUCUUCGGGUUCGACCCCUUCUCUCUUCGUCGGAACCCAAGCGUUCGAGAUCAUCGUCAAGCAACAAAUUCGGCGGCUUGAGGAUCCCUCCCUCAAAUGCUGCCAGCUCGUCUACGACGAGUUGAUCCGUAUUCUCAGUCAGCUUCUGGUCAAGAUUCAAGCCUUCAGGCGCUUCCCCCAAUUGCGGGACCGCUUCAACUCCGUUGUAGUUAACUUCUUCAAAAACUCGAUGAACCCUACGACCAAGCUUGUGACCGACCUCGUAGCGAUGCAAGCUUGCUACGUGAACACGACGCACCCAGACUUCCUGAACGGCCACAAGGCGAUGGCUCUCGUCAACGACCGUCUGAACGCCAACAAGCAGCCACAGCACGGAGAGAAGAGCGGCAAGGUCACCUCCGCCCAGCUCAACAACAACCGCGAUCUGGACGUCGACGCGAAGGAGGAGCAAAGCUUCUUCGGGUCGUUCUUCCAGAAGGGGGCGCCAAAGAAGAAGGGCGCUGCGAUCAUGGAGGCGCCCCCGUCCGUGAUCAAGCCCCAGGCAGCGUUGAACGACAGGGAGCUGAUGGAGACCGAGGUCAUCAAACUGCUCAUCCACUCGUACUUCAACAUCGUGAAGCGCGAGAUGAUCGACAUGGUCCCGAAGGCGAUUACGCUCACGCUCGUGAACCACUCGAAGGAGAACCUGCAGCGCGAGCUGCUCCAGGAGCUCUACAAGCCGGAGGUGCUCGACGAGCUCCUCAAGGAGUCCGAGUUCGUCGUCAACCGCCGCAAGGAGGUCGUCUCCAUGCUCCAAGCGCUCAACAAGGCCGAGGAGAUCGUGGCGAGCGUGUGAGGACGCCGCGGCGCGGCUGGCGGGCGGGCGUGGACGGACGGUUUUGGUGCUUUCCUGUUGCAUAGCGUACUCUACAAUACCCUUCUGUAUACUCUUCUGGCAUAUAGUAGAUGUGUGUUUUCU